AUGGCUGAUGAUGAUGAUGAAGGGAGUUUCGGUGGUGAAUUUGAGAAUGGUCACUGGGCGUGGGAUGAAGUCAACAACGAAUUGGUCUUUGUGAGUGAUCUUCCGCCUGAGCUCGUCGAGACUGUUGCAGUAACAGUCAAAGUGCCGACAGGAACUGUCGAGUUCAGGGAUGAUAUUGACUUAAUAGAGCAGCUUCGGUUUCGUAAACGUUACCAAAGAAAGCUAAAGUUGGGCCAACCAGACAUAAUAACGGUGCAGGAUGUGAAGGACUUGGCACUAUUCACGGCGCCCGUAUCCCUGCUCAGCCCUAUGCUUAUAAAUAUGCUACACCUUUCCACUACCGACAGAUUUAUUCGUGCAUUAAUUCUUUACUGCCAAUAUUACUUGGAGAUUGCAGAAGAAAUGUCGAAUCGAAUUUUGGAAUUAGAAACUAAAGUUCGUACACCGUACUGUGAUGUACUAGAACACACAUAUCGAGAAAACAUAAGUGACCUACGAACUCUGGUUGCUAAGGAAUACUGUACCAUGCUCAUAGGUGGCCACGAUACGAAGAAGUUCCAUCACAUGGGUCCUCAAAAGAAGAGAAGGUCUCUAUCAGACAAAGACGCCCGGCUGUUUGAAACCUUGUUACGUAUAUGUAUUCAGAUCGUAUGGCUAGCUUUGAGUCGCCGAUCUUUCAAUCAGAUUGAGCUGGAGGUGAACCGCGUGUUCAAGUCAGAGAUCUUUAACUCGGUUGAGCACACGCUGCGCACCAACUACAUCAGCAAGAUGUCGAAGGAGGAGCGCGGCGUGCUGCUGGGCCACUGCGUGCGUCACGACAAGAAGCUUAACACGCGUUCGCCACUCAUCAAUGAGGUCUUCUGCCAUCGCCCUAUCGACUACCGCAUGAUGGGGCUCGGAGUCAUCAAAUAUGACGAAUUGACUCCUCGGCUGCGAUACAUGCUGAUGGCGAUCGGAGGCCCAGAGGAGGACCUGGUGGAGAUGGGCGUCACCGUGGGCAUCCUGGGCAUCUCGCGUUCCUGCUUUGACACCAUGCUCCACGUGCUGCCCACUGUCCUCGACAGCCACAAGAAAUCCAAGUCUUCUUUUAGUUCAGCUUCGUCCAGUGCUCCUGGGUUCAGUAAGAGCGCUACUGCUUCCGUCAAGAGUACUGGGUCGAUGAAGGGUUCUCCUUCGUCAAAGACGGUAGACAAGUUGUAUGUCUACAAUAACAUCAUAUUACCAGAAAAAGACGAGGUUGAACCUGAGUUUCCACAGUCCUUCCCCGAUGAGAGUGCGCAGGUGCGCCCCUGCAGUGAGACUCAGCGCAAACGCUGGCAAACAAGACUCCAUCGUCUACUGCAUCCGCCGAAGAACAAACGUAAAAGUAUUAUAUAG